GGCAACAAAUAAAUCGUGUCACGUGACGAGCUUAUGGCGGCUUUGGGCGCUCGUUGCUCCGUUGUUGGCAUCAACGUCUUUUGAAAGUGUCGUUGGUGUCGUGCCGAGUUCCGAAGAUACGGUGCAGCGGCGGGCCCGCUGCUUGACUGCUCAACCAGUUGCAUGAGCGUAUUGUCUCGUCAGUCGUUGCGCUCGGCGGUCAGCAUGAUCGGAGACUGUCAGCCAGGUUGAGUUGCAGUUGCCGCAGGCAUGUCCACGUGGGCGCGCCGUGUCCACCGGGGUGCCACCAGCCUGAGCCAGGCGGUGACCUCGUGCGGUGGUGGCCAGACCCCGUCCUCGCGUUUGGAGCGGGUCAAAUUUGGAGUGCCCCUGGAGCAACUCUGCAAGGACAGCAGUGACUUGCCUGCACCGCUGCUCGUGCUUAUGCUGCGGCUCAACAAGGAGGCUCCCCGCAAGAAAGAUGUCUUCCGGGCACCAGGACAUCAGGGUAACGCGCGCAAGCUGGCGCACUCCCUGCACCAGGGUCGCCUGGUGAACCUGGACAACUUCUCAGUACACACCAUGGCGUCGGUUCUCAAGCGCUUUCUGCGUAAACUGCCUGGCGGCGUGUUCGGUGCUGAGCUGGAGGCCCAGCUGUUGGUGGCGCUGGACCAGCCAGGUGGCCUCGAGGAGCGGCGUGAGCGGGUGCAGCACCUGCUUGCCCAGCUACCGCUGCCUGCGCAGCGGCUGCUGGUGCUGCUGUUUGGCACGUUCCGCCUGGUCGCCUCGGACCUGAGCCGCACCGGCAUGACAGCCGAGGCACUGGGUGUUAGCGUGGCACCUUCCUUCUUCCGCACCUGCACGGGCAAGGUGGCGCGCAUGGAAGAUGUGGCUCGAUUCCGUGCCGCCAGCCGAGCCACACGCUUCCUCAUUGACAAUUUUGGAGUGAGCAACUUGUUUGGCCGGCACAACUACGAGUAUUAUGCGCGGCUGACUGGCCGUGUGCUCCGUGUUGAGGAGGACUGGAUCUUUGCCUUCCGGUACCCACCGGACUCACUGGUGCCGCGCAAGACGUCGCUCGAAGCUGAGCGCUCCUGGCUGCAGGCUGAGGCGCAGCGCUGGGGUCUGCACCAGUCGGCACCUGCGCUCGCGGAGUUGCACGUUGACGAUGCGGCUGCAUCGUCGUCGUGCCCCUUAGAGCGCCAGCAGGCACAGAGGCUGCGCACCCGCUCCGAGUGGUUCCUAGGUGGCAAGGAGAACGAUGGUCCGCCAGUGGUGUCUGAGCAGGACUGUACGGAACUGGAUGUGCGCACAUUUCAUGUCACGCUCACCUACCAGCCACGGAUCUGACAAGGGCCUUCACCCCGCCACCUGGACGAAGCGGGACCCUCUGGCUGUGAUGACAUCAUCGCUUCUUCCGUUGGUGGCACUGCGAGUGGCUCUGGCAGUUGCUGCCCUGCAGGCGCGAGUAAUACUUCUUCCUAGUGCGUCGCAUGCGUGACUGCCAGUGCUGCUUGCCUGUCUACUGCUUCUGUGGAUGAUCUUUGUUGGACUGAGUGUUUGAGGUUGUCAGGAUUUUUUAUGAGUGGACUUGUUCUUACUUAAACUUGCAAAAGUGCACUACAGAUGGGAUAGAAGCGAUAGGGACAUGUACAACAAUCUUUAUUUCCGUCCCGUCUAUAGCGCACUUUCACGAGUUUAGAUGUGAAUUCAUAACUCACCCGAACUGACACAUUGUUGGGCUUGUCUUAUUUGACGCCAUCUUUGUUCACAUGUGUUGUAAGGUCCUUUCAUCGGUGCUGGCUCCAGAGGUUGCAAGGUUUGUUCUGUGAGCAGCUUUAGCAUUUGCUGUCCUGCAGGUUGGAGUACUUGAUCCUCCCAAUUCUUUUCUUGCAUCUCAGCCAAUACGGUUUGUCCCCCCAGCUGAAUGUAUCAUGGAGGAUCAGAAACUCAGAAUGUGACCUCACAUGGCCAGCCUUUGUAAACAAACUCCCCUGGGCAUUGGGCCCCCUUGACAUUUUGGUCUCAUCGGCAUAUUGCUAGUUAUAUUACGAAAGCUUCAACUGUUGGCUUCAACAUUGUUAUGUAAUUAAAUGGAAAAUGAGACAUCCAUCCCAUUUUCCAUUUAAUUACUUCUCUCCACCUAGCGGGUUUCCGCUGAACUAUUACGUCAAACAUUGUUAUCUGAAGGUGUAUCCUGUUUUUUCUUUCCCAUGAUUGGGAUGGAUUCAGGUGGACCAAGAGGGGGUAAUGGGAGCUGGCAAUCAACAGUCUUAAUACUAGUGGUUUAAGAUGAAAACAGUGUGAAGAAGUGAUACCAUGAAAGGGAGAUGUACAAUCUUUGCACUGUUUUCACCCUAACCUGAAUACCUACCGACCAGCCCACAUAAACACAACUUUACAAGCGAGCUUGCCUUUGUUAGGACAUGUUGACUCCGUUAAGGGUGUCCUUUCUCACCUACUUUCAGUUCCUUGUGUGAAAUAUGUAUUCCAAAGAUACAACUCUGGUCUUUUUAGUAUUACUUUGUUUCUUUGCAUUGUGUUCCUUGUAGUGCCCGUGUCACAGUUUGUUCUCAGGCGAAAUGCAGGAGGUUAUCGGCACGUUUCUCCCCCCUUUCUUAUUAUCAUUGCGCCUGCCAAAGUUGGCAACUGUGUCACAGCCAGAAGCCGUACACCUCGUCUCAGCUGGGUGGUGGUGGUUGUGGUGUAAAAGAACUGCGUUUGUGGCAGACUUGACUGUUGCAACCUUGGUUGUGAAAAGUGUUGUACAUUAAUUUAUUUCCCCAAUGUUGUUCAUUUUCCACCGUCUAUGUUCAUUUAUUGUGGAGAAUCCUAGUAAGUUCACUUAGCAGGUAUGUUUUACAAAUCCCCAUGUCUUUUGCAUUUGUCGGCAUUUAGUUUGCAUGCACGAUGAAACAUGCACAGCCAUUUUUUGAAUAUCUUGAGGAUGCAGUGUUUUCUUUUGCAUCCUUAAUAAAGUUUAUACACAAAGAA